GCCGCAAGGGGGCGCUGCGGGGCCGCGCCCGCCCCUUCCCUUCCCCUCUCCUCCCUUGCCGCCGCCGCCAUGGCGGCCUUGCCCCGCCACCGCCGCUUCCUCGGCGGCUUCGUCUGCGGGGCCGCAGCCGGGGCCGCUGCGUCUUGCUGGGCUACAUGGCGGCUCCUCCGCAGCCAGAGCCAGCCGGAGCCGGGCCCCGGGCGGGCCCCAGCACAGGAACCAAUAGAAGAGGCUGUGCUGGAAAGAUACGGAUUUCCUGAGGCUGGAACAGAGACCAGAUGUUACACAAAUCAUGCACUGUCUUAUGACCAGGCAAAACGGGUGCCUAGAUGGGUGAUUGAACACAUUUCAAAACAAAAGAUGCUGGGUGAUGCAGAUCGAAGGCACUGUAAAUUCAGACCAGACCCUAACAUCCCUCUGAUGUUCAGUGCUGUCAAUGAAGACUACCUUGGCAGUGGAUGGUCACGAGGACACAUGGCACCAGCAGGAGAUAACAAAUUUUCAACAAGAGCUAUGGCUGAAACGUUUUACCUGUCUAACAUUGUGCCUCAGAAUUAUGAAAAUAAUGCUGGGUUUUGGAACAGAAUGGAAAUGUACUGUCGGGAAUUGACUGAAAGAUUUGAAGAUGUUUGGGUUGUUUCUGGACCUCUUACCUUGCCUCAGACAGAUGGUGAUGGAAAGAAGAGUGUUACUUAUCGGGUAAUUGGAAAGGAUGAUGUGGCUGUACCAUCCCACCUGUACAAGGUGAUCCUGGCCAGGAGGAGCAGAACGUCCUCAGAGCCCCUGGUGCUGGGGGCCUUCGUGGUGCCAAACGAUCCCAUAGGCUUCAGCCACCAGCUCACUGACUUCCAAGUCAGCAUUGAAGACCUGGAAAGAAUGUCAGGUUUAGUUUUCUUCCCCCAGGUGGACAAGACCAAAGAUGUUAAAAAUAUCUGUGAGGUGGAUACCUGCAAACUGAUGGGCUUCAAGGAAUUCACUCUGUACAUCACUGCCCGCAAAGUGCAGAGCGCCCGGACGCUGCGCCGGCUGGAGAAAGCCAUGGCAGAGUUACAGGAGGCAGGAAUUGAGCCUGAUGAGUAUCUCCUGAAGCUUUACAAGAAGAAGGAGGAAGAGCUGCUGCAGGAAAAACCAGUAGCAGCUAGAGAGGGGAGAGCUGGCUGAGUAUUCAGGAAGUUGUUUGGGUUUUUGGAAAGGGGAACUGAAGGCAGAAGCGAAGACAAGGGCUCCUUGAAUCAUCCUUUUUUCAGUUGUGAAAUAAUAAAUAUUUGGAAGCUAAUGGGCUUGGAAUAAUGCUCAUUCUUGUGUAACAUGAUGCAAACACGUGGUUUGCUGCACUACUUAGACAUGGGAAGUGUAAAUUACCCCUUUCUGGCCUGAGUAGAUCACUGGACCUCCAGGAAAGGCUCUGUGCUAUUUUCCAGCUGCACGUCAGAUUUAGAAUUUGUGUGGAAUCUCUUCUAGGAAUAUCACAAAAAUAGACAGUAGACAGCUUGGGAGUACAACUGGAAUGUGUUUAAAUGGAAUUCCGCCCGCAAAUCUCUCUCACUGCAGUGCUGUAGAAGCAAUUGUACACUCUGGAAUAUUCUGAAAACUAAUUAAAAUGUAUUUCAUUUAACACUCUCUUAUUAGAGACACGUAAGACACAAUCUGGUCUUCCCUUAGUUGUAUUAACUAAAACCUCUCCUGAUCUUGUGUGCUUUGGAUACUUCAGCAUGUCAGGAGCUCACAAUUGUUACCAUUUGUAGCAAACUUAUUUCAUCAUGUAUAAUUCUGCAAUUUUUUGGUAAGAAAGCCCCAAUAGAACUAAAGUUCAAUCAAGUGCCUACCAGUGUAGUUUGGGUUUUCACAAAUUAAUGUAAGCUUAAAAUUAAAUUUUCAUCACUAAGUUUGGAUAAACAUGUUUUCUUGCAUAUUGUUUGAUCUCAGAGGUGAGCAUUACUUUCUUUUUGGUUGUCAUAGUCACUGGCUUUUUUCUCAACAUCUGCCUUUGGACUAUAAACUGUGCAACAAAACUUGUAUAUUGGCUGAAAAUAAAUUUUCAGUUAUUUUUCAGUGGCAACUGAUGUUGGAUUUGCAUCUACUUGGAAGAUUAAAUGAAUUUUUUUUCA